AUGUUCAAACUCUCCGCUCUCGUUGCCCUCGCUGUCACCGUGUCCCUGCCUGUGGCACAAGCGGGUAAACGUGGUCUGGCCUGGCCUUGGUACAACAAGUCACUCGACCCUGGCGUUCUCAACAACGGCGAUGGUCAGGUCGUGGCAAUCUACGAUUGGGAGACUUAUGCGCCACCGUCCUCCACAGGUGGUAAUGGUGGAUUGGGAUUCAUCGGCAUGCAAGGGUGCAAGGACUGCACCUCGUCACCUCCCAGCCAGCUCUACUCGCGCUGGCAACAGCAGGGAUGGGCUACUGUGUUUUCCGUAAACGAGCCCGAUCUUCCUUCGAACACGGCAAACUACAUGACCCCUCCUGUCGCGGCUGACUGGUACAAGCAAUACAUCAACCCCUUGCCCAUCAAGAAGGCGUUGCCCGCCAUCAGUUCCAGCACAACAUCUGGCCAGGGAAUCUCGUGGUUGCAGUCUUUCAUCUCCGCUUGCAACGGCGGAUGCUUCUACGACUACAUCAACAUCCACUGGUACGGAAACAGCUACGCGGAUUUCCAGUCCUACGUCACGAAAGUGCACAACACGUUCCCCGGCAAACAGAUCGUCGUGACUGAGUUCGCGCUCGCGAACCCGUCGGGCGGUCAGUCUGCUCAGGUCGCCUUCUUCAAGUCUGCCUUUGCAUGGCUGGACUCUCAGAGCUACAUCGAGCUCUACUUCCCCUUCGUUGCGACGAGCCCGGCGCUCAUGCAGGCGAACGAUCCUGGCGCGGUCUCUAACGUCGGCACUGGCUCCGCUCUCUACACCAACGCAGGUGGACCGAGCGCGGUCGGCAACCUCAUGUACUAG